CGGUUUCUGGACGUUUUCUGGGACCCCUCAGGUGGAAACGCUCACGGCGGCCCGAGCACUUGCUUCUCGUGCGAAUGGCCCCGCGGGAGGUAUUUACGGCACUCGCCCUUUAAGGCGGCGCGCAUGCGCACGCCGGCGAGAAAGUUAACUCCUGAACUUCGUAGUCAGAAAAAUUCUGAUUUAUAAAAUAGCAGGGAAAACAGCGGUGAGUUGACAUGGCAUUUCGCCGAAGGAACAAGAGCUACCCUUUCUUCAGCCAGGAGUUCUUAAUUCAGAACCAUGCCGACAUCGUCUUCAGUUUUGUGAUUUUCAUUUUGAUUGGAUUGAUGUUUGAGGCUACAGCCAAGACGGCCAUAUUGUUCAUUCAGCCCCAGUACAAUGUCACCACACUAUCACCAGAGGGAGAGGUGACGUUUUACCACUAUGGAUGGAAGGACUGUGCCACCAUCCUCUUCUAUUUCUUCAUCGCCAUCAUCCUCCACGCAGUAGUGCAGGAGUAUCUUCUGGAUAAAGUCAACCGGCGCCUCCACCUCUCCAAGAGCAAGAACACUAAGUUUAAUGAGUCGGGGCAACUGUGUGUGUUCCACUUGGUUUCCAGUGUGUGGAGUUUUUACAUUCUCAUAACAGAAGGAUAUCUCCUGCAUCCCAGCAGCCUUUGGGAGAACUAUCCCCACGUACACCUCAGGUUUCAGGUGAAGUUUUUCUACCUCACUCAGCUGGCGUACUGGCUCCAUGCCUUGCCGGAGCUCUACUUCCAGAAAGUACGCAAGGAAGACAUUUCUCGCCAGCUGCAGUACAUCUGCCUGUAUCUGUUGCACAUCUCUGCAGCCUAUCUGUUAAAUUUGAGUCGUGUGGGUCUGGUACUCCUCUUCCUCCAGUAUGUGUCAGAGCUGGGCUUCCACAUUGCCAGACUCUUCUAUUUCACUGACGAGAACCAUCAGAAAAUGUUUGACUUGUGGGCGGUCAGUUUUGUGUUUACACGGAUGGCCACUCUGACCCUGAUGUUCCUGGCUGUGGGGUUUGGUUUGGCUCGCUCCGAGAACCAGGGGCUGGACUGGGAGAUGGGCAACUUCAAUACUGUGCUUAUUAGGAUGACUGUUCUACUGCUGGUAUGUUUGACCCAAUCUUGGCUACUCUGGAAGUUUAUCCGCUUCCAGCUGAGGCGCUGGAGGGAGUUCAGACACGAACAGGCUGUUCGCAAGAAGGCAGCCCCAAAACAACCCCUACGGACGCUGAAGCGAGACUCACUUGGUCACCAUGAAAAUGGAGUUCUUAAAGCUGAGAAUGGAGCCUCUCCUCGGACCAAAAAACUCAAAUCCACCUAAGAUAACGCACAGACUGGCGUGAACGGCGACCUUAGCUCAGGCUAAGGUUUCUCAACGGCAGAACAGGGAAGCUGGCGGCCCAUGGCCACCAGGCUUCUGGUUGACUAUGUCCUGAGAUGUUACAGGGACUCGGUGGCUACAGACUUAGGCUUGAAUGCUGGAAAAUGAUAUCCAAGGAAAUCUCUCGAGCCCAACAGACAUUUACUCUUCUCAUCAUAUCAGUAUUUUUUUAUACAUCCACGCAGCCUGCUAUCCCACCCUAAGGAACACCAUUGUAUGCAGAAUGAUUAAAAUGUCAAGUGACAGACAGUAUGUGGCACACGUUACUGUGCAUGUCAAUGUUGAAUGUGUCAAUGCAUAUCCUCAUACAUAAGUACUGUAUUGGUUUUAGUGUUGUCUGAUGUUGCAGCUGUUUUGCAGCUCUUGCCAUUGAGCCGGCUUUGCUUGUUUUUUGGUCUGAUUCAUUGGAGCACAAAAAAAUGUUAUUGAUGAUAUACUAUGAUAUGAGCUUACUGUAUGCUGGCCUUUUCAUUAUCCCUUUACCUUGUCAGGGAAGGGAUUUUGGCCAAACAACAGAGUGGUCACCUGGGCUCCUCCCAAUGAUUUACGUCUGUCUAAAAAUCCUACAUUUGUCACUGGUCACUUAACAGAUAUGCAUCAAGUAUGUACGUUGGAUAUUACCGCAUGCCAUUCCAUGUUUUUUUUUUUUUUUAUUUUGUUUUUUUUCCUUUUAACUGUUUUGUUAAUUACUUUAUUAAAUAAUGCAAUUUUCUGAAAAAAGAUAUGGAUUCUCCUAUUGUAACAGGUCUUUUUCUUCAUGUUUUCUAUUUUUGUUGUACACAAUUGACACAUCUGUCAGUAACAUGGAAGAUGUUCUGUCUUCACUGUCAUCAUAGUGUUAUAUUUUUUACAGCGAAACGAAAAAUGCUAGCAUUGCCAAUCUGUAAACGGAGACAAAUCUAUGCAGAUAUACUUCUCACCAGUAAGAUUAAAAUUUUGCCUGUU